CAGUAUUGUCCUAUUGUCAGUUAAAAAUGGAGAUGAGAGAUAUCAAUCUAUCAAUGAUCAUGAUUGAUCUGCAAAAAUUUACUGAAGCAGCUUGUCAACGUUGCAAGCGGAAAUGAAGUUCCUUGUCAACUUCAUCUGUCAUUCUUAUUGUCCGUUAAAUUUAGGUUAAGUUUGUUGAAGCUCGCGUACGUUUCUAGAUAAAUUGCUAGAAAUUUCAUCCGUCUUCUAUAUUUUACCCCAAACAUGUUUUAAUUAUCCAAAAUGAUGCUAAUUAUUGUUGAUUGCUGUUAGCGAUUUGACUCCCUACAUAUUUUUGUCUUUUGUUUUCUACAGUGUUUUCAAUUUGUUAAAAAUGGUGAGAGAUGCUGUUGAAGUCGCACCAUUAGUGCAUACUCCAAUACAAACAAGGAAUCGAAAAAUGACCUGCCAAGAUGCUUUAGUACCGUCACCUUCUACACCCCACAGAAUUCAACUAAGAAGUGACAAUGCCAAUGAAGUUAAGAAGCCUCUUAAACAACCUGUUGCAAAGUCCAGAAAAAAACUGAAUAACAACCACAUUGAGACAAAGAACAGUGAUAACCACAAAUUAACAGAAUAUUUUCCUGUGAGGAGAUCUGUACGUAAGGUCUCAAAGACUGUCCUUGAGGAAAAACAAAAAAGCCUAGAGGAAGCUGUCAAAAAUGAUAUAGAAAAUGGACUUGAGGUGAAAACUUUUGAAAGCAAAGGAAGAGGUGUAGUUGCAGCAAAAAAGUUUCAAAGAGGAGAUUUUGUAGUAGAGUACAAAGGCGACCUUAUAGAUAUGACUGAAGCAAAGAUAAGGGAGGAAAAAUAUGCGCAGGAUAAUAAUGCUGGUUGUUACAUGUAUUAUUUCAAGCACAACAAUCAACAGUAUUGUGUGGAUGCCACAGCUGAGAGUGGGAAGCUAGGCAGACUAGUGAACCAUUCAAGAAAUGGCAACUUACUAACUAGAACCAUAUCUGUAGACAACAAACCAAGAUUGGUACUGAUAGCCAAAGAUACUAUUGAAGAGGGAGAAGAGCUCCUAUAUGACUAUGGGGACAGGUCAAAGGAGUCCUUAAAGCAUCAUCCUUGGUUAGCUUAUUAAGUGUAGGUUUGAGUGUAAUUAUACCAUGUUUGUAAAUUGUUAAUAUGGAACGUUAGUGUUCUGUGACUGAAAUACUUUUUAGCAUUGUUAGUUGAUCUGAUUUUAAUUGAAUUGUACAGAUGACUGUAUGAGAUUGAUAACUUUGUUUUACUUAAGUUUGGAAUUAAUGUUGAUGAAUAUCAAGAAAAUGGACUGAAGACUGACAUAAUCCAACAAUCUUAUAGAUGUCUGAUUGAUUUUGGCAGGGCUGGAUAGAACAAAAAUGUUAAGCCCUAAAUUCUAAUUAAUUGUUAUUAAUGCUGCAUGGCAUUCAAAUUUCUGGGUUAACUAUUGAUUAUUAAGACACUUGAAAUCAAAAAUUGUCAUAAAAAAUUAGACUUCUCUUAUAUAUAUAUAUAUAUAUAUAUAUAUAUAUAUAUAUAGGGUUAAAUGCACUUACAACGCAUUGAGGGACAGCUACUAUAACAAUAUGCCUCUUCAGUAUUAUAUCAAAGGCAUCAAACAUCAAUAUUUAUCAGUAAUCAAAGCAUUUUGUACAUUUGUAAAAAUUCCUCUGUACCAAUAUUUGUAAUGUACUUGCGUGAAUUGUACUUUGGUAUCAAACAUUUGCUAAAGACUGAAAUAUCAGAUUUCUGGUGGGUACUGCCACUAUAUCAUGGUUUAUUUUGAUAGUACACUAGAUAAUAUGUAAUUUGUAUCAGAGGAAUUUUUUUCGUCAUUUUGAACUAAGUGCUGUUAUACACCCAAUGUAACAUCUAUUGAAACUAUAGUUUAUCUUAUUUUGAACUGUAUUUAUAACGUCUUAAUACAAUAUUCAAACUUUUAUUUUUUGUUUGAUUUCAUCGUCCAACUUCAAAAUCGAUUUCCAAUAAGUAUGGCCAAACUAAUUUUCUUACUCCUAAUUGACGAUGAGUUUGCGCACAGCAUCGACGUUUUCCUGGGUGACUGCCGUUUUUGGUGCACCCACCCUGGGAUCGUCGCUAAGACUCACCCGUCCACGUUUAAAUUCUCCAUACCAACGGGAAAUUGUCGACUGAUGUGGCG